UAGAGAGUUUGCGUCGAACGUGCAGAAAUCGAUGAAUUCGAGUCUUGCGAUUUAAAAUAAUGAUCAUUCAGAAGUAUGAUCUUGCGCAACAAUAUUUCUUUCAUAAAAUUGUUAGUCAAUAGCGAAAAUUGAUAGCAUUAGAGGUGGUGGACGUGGCUGGUGGAGAGAGUAUAAAAUUAUAGAUUAUGAAAACAAAAACAGUGAAAAGUCCCUAUUGUGCGUGGGUGUCACAGCCAGCGACAGCGUCACGAAAUUCACCAUUUGGGUGGCACAUGUGUCAGAGAGUUGUAUAUAUCAUUUCACCACUCAUUCGGGCUUGUGACACAGUUGCACAGUGCUGUUCAGUAUUGUUACUCCUUGCUAAAAAAAAAUAAUUCCACAAAAUAGUCGAUAAACCAUAUGAAAUUACCAACGCAUACGUUACAAUGGGUAACCAUGUGGGACGGAGUGCCGAUAAAACAAGCAAAAAGAGUGCAGCAAUGACAAAUAAUACAAAUAAUAUCAAGUCAAUGUCACGGAGCCCAUCGGGCUCUGAUAUUGAGCACAAUUUUGUCACGCAUUUCAGACCCGUUGAUAAACUCAGCAAGAUCUUAUCUGAACGCAAUCACCACGAUAAUGACGGCCACGGUGUCUCAGAAGAAAUAUUCGUUAAAUACUUGUUCCCUCAUUACUCGGAGUUUGCUUCGAGGUUGUACCGAUACCUUCAUAAAUCAUCCAAGGCCACGACCAAGCACUUGGGUACUUCUGCCUUUAAACAACAAAUUGAGAAACUCCUCGGUAUCAUGAAUGACAGAACGGUAUUGGAUAUUUACGUGAAAAUGUACUCUAACACGAUGGAUGAAAGUGGUGAGGUAACACCUCAGGGCCUAAGGGACUUACUCAUGAUUUCUUAUCGUUUGGCGAUGGAUAAUGAAGGAUCUACCUGUCCUUAUGUGCACAAAACCAUUGGUGCAGCUGUUACGUCCUGUUUUCAUGGGAAAGAUGUUCUUUCCGUCUGUUUCGUAAGCAAUUGGCUCUGGCAGCAUUGUCCAAGAGUCGUGUAUGGAGUACAUCGUUACAUUGUUCACGUGCUGACAACAGCAUAUCGUAAUGGACAGGCACUUUUGUCUACUGAGGAGCUGCAACCGCACAUUGGCCCAGUUACCCCUGUUCUUGAAAAAGUACUUUCAUUUGAACAGGCUGAUAAUAUGUUACCACUGAGUCAAGUCUGGCUGUUGUCUACAAGUUUGCCUUUUUGUUUCAUUCAGACGGAGGAGUCGCCCAGCAAGGAAAGCUCAGCAGUUUUAUCAGCAAAACUCUCCAGCUAUCCUUGCCCGAGCCACUGGACACUUCUUUACACGAGUGAUGAACACGGAGCUGGUGCAAAUCGUCUCCUGCAUCAUAUAUUGGGUUACAGGGGGCCUACGGUUAUAUUUAUUCGUGGAGAAAAUGGCAACGCAGACGGAGUUACUUACUGCAUAUGUUCGUCAAUUGAAUGGCGAGAGUCCCAUCUGUACUGGGGCGACGAAGACUGUAUGAUAAUCGAGCUCCAGCCCUGCUACAGGCUCGUGGAGAAAGGCCCCAAGCUCCUGUACUUGAAUACCAGCAUCAGGGGAUAUCCCCAUGGCCUUAGAGCUGGCAAGGAUCCACGUAAUCCCUACAUCAAUAUAGACCAAAGCUUUGCUUCAGUUAGUUUUGGCGGUGCACCCCACAGAAUCAAGAGUAUCGAUGCCUGGGGAUGUGGGGAUCGUAAAUCACGAGAAAGACAGUUGGAAAUUAAGAAAUGGCAAGUGAAGGAAGCUGAAAGACAGCGUGUGGUUAAACUCAGUGCAGCUGACUGGCUCGAUCAUCCCGAUCGCUAUUUAUUGGAACUAGCUGGUAGACCGUCCUACAACAAUGCUGAUAAAUAAUUUGUAUCUUACAGUUUUGUAGACAUAAUUUUUCGAUUUCUUUUUUCUUGUGUAUAUGUAAAUAUAAUGAUAGAAUUAUUUUUUAAAUGAA